CGCAGCCAUGGCCGACGCACCCGACGACGCCGCACGCCUCGCGCAGAUGGGCCUGCCGGCCUCCUUCGGCAUGGCGCCGCGCGCGCCGCGCGGCCGCGGCCGUGGCGGCGCUCAGGCCAACGCGGGCGACGGCGGGCAGGCGCAGCGCGAGGGCAAGGGCGGCAAGCGCAAGCCGCAGGGCGCAAGGGACGCAGCGCCGAACGGCGGCGGAGGUGGUGGUGGGCGAGGCGGUAGUUCUGGCGGCGGUGGAGCAUUUCAGAACCGCGGUGGCAGAGGAGGCGGCCGUGGUGGAGGGCGCGGCGGGCGCGGAGGAGGCGGAGGAGGCGGCGGUGGACACGGCGGACCGGGUCGCAAUCUCGUCGUGCCGCCGAAAGAGCCUCACCAGAUCCAGGUCUUCUUCCGCCCGUCGUUCCUCGAGGACCCGUGGGCGCAUCUCUCCUGAUGCCUGUCUUGCCGCACUCUUCCAUACCCCGCGCCGCGCUUCGCCUCCGGCUCCAGCCUCAUCCUCUUCCAGGGCUCUCUCUCACGUCAUCAGCAAUCGCAUAAUCCGACACUCUCUG